GCGGCACGUACGACCACAACCCGCUGCUACACCCACCCCCCGACCCGCGCUUCCCGCUGCGCCUCCCCGUGCAGGACGGCGGCGGCAGCAGCGGCAGCCGGCUCCGCAUCUUCUCCGGCACGGCGAACCCGACGCUGGCGGAGGAGAUCGCCUGCUACCUCGGGCUCGAGCUGGGGCGGAUCAAGAUCAAGCGGUUCGCGGACGGGGAGCUGUACGUGCAGCUGCAGGAGAGCGUGCGCGGGAGCGACGUGUUCCUGGUGCAGCCCACCUGCCCGCCGGCGAACGAGAACCUCAUGGAGCUGCUCAUCAUGGUGGACGCCUGCCGCCGCGCCUCCGCCAAGACCAUCACCGCCGUCGUGCCCUACUUCGGCUACGCGCGCGCCGACCGCAAGAUGCAGGGCCGCGAGUCCAUCGCCGCCAAGCUCGUCGCCAACCUCAUCACGGAGGCCGGGGCGCACCGCGUGCUCGCCUGCGACCUCCACUCCGGCCAGUCCAUCGGCUACUUCGACAUCCCGGUGGACCACGUCCACGGCCAGCCCGUCAUCCUCGACUACCUCGCCAGCAAGACCAUCUGCCCCAGCGACGUCGUCGUCGUCUCGCCCGACGUCGGGGGCGUCGCCAGGGCGCGCGCCUUCGCCAAGAAGCUCUCCGACGCGCCCCUCGCCAUCGUCGACAAGCGGCGGCUGGGCCACAACCAGGCGGAGGUGAUGAACCUCAUCGGCGACGUGAGGGGGAAGGUGGCCGUGAUGGUGGACGACAUGAUCGACACGGCCGGGACGAUGCACAAGGGCGCCGAGCUGCUGCACAGGGAGGGGGCCAGGGCGGUGUACGCCUGCAGCACCCACGCCGUGCUCAGCCCGCCCGCCGUCGAGAGGCUCUCCGGCGGCCUCUUCCAGGAGGUGAUCAUCACCAACACCGUCCCGGUGCCGCCGGACCAGCGCUUCCCGCAGCUCACCGUGCUCUCCGUCGCCAACCUCCUCGGCGAGACCAUCUGGCGCGUCCACGACGACUGCUCCGUCAGCAGCAUCUUCCAAUGA